AUGCGGAUCCACGAGCCGCUUGAUCAAAGUCUGCUUGAGAGAGCAUACCGCGAUACAAUUGUUCAGCGAAUGAUGACAGCGGAUGGAAAACAACCGGCACAGAAGUUCAACCGCUCAGAUUUCAAAAUCGCCGUUAACCAAUACUACGGCGUGAGCAGAGAUGGCAUGACCUUUUGUCAUGAUCUAGGGCGCUGGUUGACCAAAGACAAAGUCAAGGCUGCCCACAUCAUACCAAAGGGUAUGUCACCGGGUGAGCUAUCACACAUCUUCGGAGAUAAUGACACGGUUGCUACACUUCCUGAGAAUGGUAAGACCCCAUAA